GACAGUAUUAAAGCAUCAUUCCUGCAUCACUGUGUUGGAGAAAGAGGCACUCACACACACACACACACACACACACAUCUUCAUCUGUACUGCUGCUGAGCGGAGGAGAGCAUCUCAUCAUCAGGGGCGGACAGGCUGCGAGAUGUACGGCAGGCAGAUGGAGACCGGGGAGCUGACGGACGAGGAGAAGCAAAUCAUCAACAGCGUGCUGGAGAGAGCCAAGACCAUGGAGGCCAUGGAGCAGGAGAGGAUUGGGCGUCUGGCAAAUCGCCUGGACAGCAUGAAGCGUUCGGCCUGCGGUGAUGGUUACUCCCGCUGUUUACUCUGCGGACAGCAGUUCGGCCUCACCGGUGUCAGCGCUGUCGUGUGUGCAGAGUGUAAAAAGAACAUGUGCACUAAGUGUGGCGUUCAAAGCGUCUGUCGUUCUGGUCCAAUUUGGUUGUGCAAAAUCUGCUGUGAACACAAAGAGAUGCUGAAGCAGUCUGGUGCCUGGUUUUUCAAAGGUUCACCGCAGCAGGUUUUACCCGCUCCUUUGGCCAUCUCUAAUCAGAGAGAACUCAGUACGUCCAGAACAUCCACCAAUCCAUCAGCCAAUCAACAAUCUCCAAUAACUUCACAGACAAAAAAUGCAGAAAGCGUUCAGGUCACCGGCAGAGAGCAGCAGAUAUCUGCAGAAACCAUGCCCGCUAAACGGGAAGAGCGUUCUGUCAUAUCCCAAAGAGCCCUAGAGGAGGACGGAGGGAGACACAGGAGCACGGUUCAGUCCGACGCCGCAAUGGAAGGACAAACUUUCUCACCUGUGGUCAAGCGAGAAGUGCCGGUGCAGAGUUCCAGACCUCCAGCGUCCAGCUUUUCCACAACUCCAAUACAAAAAGAUACCAUGAGCCGACCGGAGGCCAGGGCGCCACCUGCUAUGCAGGCCGAUGCACGUUUGCCAGCUGCCAACAGCGUUCCUGCUUCACGCCAGCCACCACCCCCCACCACAGAGGAUGAAGAGGAUGCCAACAGCUAUGACUCUGACGAUGCCACCACUCUGGGCAUGCUGGAGUUCAGUCUGCUGUACACGGAGGAGAAAAAUGAACUGCACUGCAAUAUAAUCAAAGCAAAGGGUCUCAAGCCAAUGGACUCCAAUGGUCUGGCCGAUCCUUAUGUGAAGCUGCACUUGCUUCCGGGUGCCAGUAAGUCUAACAAGCUACGAACAAAGACGCUUCGUACCACCUUGAAUCCUGUGUGGAACGAGACCCUUGUUUAUCAUGGCAUCACUAACGAAGACAUGCAGAAAAAAACUCUCAGGCUUUCUGUCAGCGAUGAGGACAAGUUCGGCCAUAACGAGUUUAUCGGCGAGACGCGGGUGGUCUUGAAAAAACUGAAGCUGAACCAGAAGAAGACCUACAACGUGUGUCUGGAGAGAGUGAUUCCGGUGAGACGUACUGCUGGUGGUGGAGCUUCUCGUGGCAUGGCGCUUUAUGAGGAGGAGUUGAAGGAUGAUGAAGCAGAGGAAAGAGGACGGAUCCUGGUUUCCCUCACCUACAACAGUCAACAAGGUCGUCUGAUCGUGGGUGUCGUCCGAUGUGCUCAUCUGGCAGCAAUGGACUCCAAUGGCUAUUCAGACCCGUUUGUAAAGAUUUGCUUGAAGCCUGACAUGGGAAAGAAAGCGAAGUACAAGACUCAGAUCAAAAAGAAGACCCUUAACCCUGAGUUUAAUGAGGAGUUCAGCUAUGAAAUCAAGCAUGGUGAACUGGCCAAGAAGACUUUGGAUGUUUCUGUCUGGGAUUAUGAUAUGGGAAAAUCCAAUGAUUUCAUCGGUGGAUGCCAGCUGGGAAUCACCGCCAAAGGCGAAUGUUUGAAACACUGGUAUGAAUGUCUGAAAAACAAGGACAAGAAGAUCGAGCGCUGGCAUGUUCUCUUGAAUCAAAGCAGCGUUGAAGCAGAUGACUGAGGCAUCGCAUCUCCAAAGAUCUCCAGUUCUGGUAGCAUAUCGUACCAUGCUCUCUUCCAAACAAAGUAAUUUCGCUUCCAAGCUUGAACUGCUGAUAACCGUUUCUUUUGACUUUACCUCGCCUGAAACCAUGUGAUGAGCUGCAGUGGUCUAAUUGAGAAAACCUAGGAAACUCAGUUACU